AUGCUCAGCAACUUCGCAAUCAUGGUCAUUGUUAUUGUUGCCUGUCUUGGUGUUACGGCUUUGGCAGCAGGCAUUUCCUCCCACUUCAGUGGACCCGAUGAUGUGCGCCCCGUCUAUGACUUCCCCCACGAGCAGCGGCUGUACAUGCAAUCCGUCCGCAGAUCGUAUUUCGCCGACCUUUUGAGUGGCAUGGGACAAUUUAAACCCCAUCGGAUGCGUGCAGGUGAGUCUCGCAGGGAGGAAAGGGUAUGA